AUGUAUGUGAAAUGGUUUGUGAUACAGUAAUGUUUUACUAUGUUAUUUUAGUGAAUUUAGUGAAUGUCACUUUUUGUCAUUUUUCAAAUUUCCCGCCGUUCCAUCCCCGUACGUCCCGACGUAGCAGGGAACGGAACCAGAUGACAGAUGCUGGCAUCCGCCGGAGGACAUUACAGGGGACACUGCAGGAUGGACAUCGCGGGAGCGCAGGGCAAGGUAAGUGAAAGAACAGAUCCCAGAGCAGCGCCGCAUGGUAAGCCCGAGUGUCCCGAGUGUAGCUCGGGGUUACCGCUUGUUGUGCUACACUCGGGGAAUACCACCAGGGAGGCUAC